CACCCUGGAGAGAAAAUGGCGGCGGCGGCGGCGGCGGCUGCGGCUUCGGCGCCUCAGCAGCUCUCGGAUGAAGAGCUUUUCUCUCAGCUCCGUCGUUACGGCUUGUCUCCGGGCCCAGUGACGGAGAGCACCCGGCCGGUGUACCUCAAGAAGCUGAAGAAGCUUCGAGAGGAAGAGCAGCAGCAGCAGCAGCAGCAGCACCGGUCGGGGGGCCGCGGCAACAAGACGCGGAACAGUAAUAACAAUAACACGGCAGCCGCCACGGUCGGAGCCGCGGGACCGGGGUCGGCGGCGGCCGUGGGCAUGGGGAUCCGGCCGGUGUCGGGCGACCUGUCGUACUUACGGACCCCGGCGGGUGUGGGCCGGCUGCCGGCCCCCCUCCCCGACCACCCGCCAGGAGGGCCCGAGGGCGCGUCGGCCACCCCCGCGGCGGGCAGCAAAGUGCUGCUGGGCUUCAGCUCGGACGAGUCGGACGCGGAGGCCAGUCCCCGGGCGCAGGCCGGCGGCGGCGGCGGGAGCGGGAGGCGAGACCGGGCUGCGCUCCAGUUCCGCGGGCUCCGAGCCCCGCCGGCCGCCAGCGAGGUGACGAACCACCAGCCGGCCGAGCGCAGGAAGCCGCCUCACUCGUGGUGGGGGACCCGCAGGCCGGCCGGCCCCGAACUGCACACGCCGGCGGGGAGGAGAGACGGGGGUGCGGACGGCGACGAGGACGACGACGACGACGACGAGGGACAGGACGGGGAGGACCGGGAGCCCGAGCUCGACGAGCCGUUGUGGACGAGCCGCGCCGUGAAUGGCAGCCGGCUGCUUCCCUACAGCUGCCGGGAGAACUAUUCGGACUCGGAGGAAGAGGGCGACGGCGACGGCGACGACGAAGAAGACGUGGUCGCCGGCCGACAGGUAUUAUUAAAGGACGACUCGGCUUCCCGGCACCGACCCCGACGGAGCCACAGUAAGCCUUUCUCCCCGCUCGCGGCGAAAUCGGCCGCGGGCAGCCGGCUGGAGGGAGGGGGAGGACUCGCGAUGAAUGACAGGGCGGCGGCCGCCGGGAGUCUAGACGAGGCGGCGGCGGCCGAGCCGGGAGGAGGGUGCGACCGAGCCGACUCCAGCCCCAACCCCAGAUACCGCGUUGGCGCUAAGAAGCUGGCCCCGCUGCUGUCCCCGUCACUUCCCGACAUGGACUCCACCUUGGAGGCGUCCCCAGGCUCCCUACUCAAGAUCAAUAAUCAUAUCGGCGGCGGCGGGGCCUUCGGUGUGGACUCGUCCAGGAUUUAUGCCAACAGCCUCUCUCCCGGCGCGGCUGCGGCCGCCCCGAGCGCACUCAGGAUCAACCACGCCAACCACACGGGCUCCAAUCACACCUACCUGAAAAACACGUACGGCAAACCCAAGCUUUCCGAACCCGAGGAGGAACUUCUCCAGCAGUUCAAACGCGAGGAGGUGUCUCCCACGGGGAGUUUCAGUGCUCACUAUCUGUCCAUGUUUCUCCUAACUGCUGCCUGCCUAUUUUUCCUAAUAUUGGGACUGACUUACCUAGGAAUGAGAGGGACGGGAGUACCCGAGGAUGGAAGACUCAUAAAAAACCCCUUUGAUGAAACAUUUGGAAAUAUACAAGAAAGUGAAAAAAAUCUUAUGAUGAGCACAUUAUACAAGCUUCAUGAUCGACUGGCACAACUUGCAGGAGAUCAUGAAUGUGGCAAUUCAAAUCAGAGAACACUUUCUGUCCAAGAAGCAGCUUCAUAUUUAAAAGAUUUAGGUCCUGAGUAUGAAGACAUAUUUAAUACUUCGUUACUAUGGAUUUUAAAAAAUGGGAAAGAUGUAGGAAUAAGGUGUGUUGGUUAUGGACCUGAGGAAGAACUGACAAAUAUCACUGAUGUGCAGUUUUUACAGUCCACAAGACCACAGAUGUCUUUCUGGUGUCGUUUUCGACGUGCUUUCAUUACUGUGACACAUAGGUUAUUGUUGUUAUGCUUAGGUGUAGUGAUGGUUUGUGUUGUUCUGCGUUAUAUGAAAUAUCGAUGGACUAAGGAAGAGGAGGAAACAAGGCAGAUGUAUGAUAUGGUGGUAAAGAUUAUAGAUGUUUUACGAAGUCAUAAUGAAGCUUGCCAGGAAAACAAAGAUUUACAGCCUUAUAUGCCUAUUCCACAUGUACGAGACUCUUUAAUACAGCCUCAUGACAGGAAAAAAAUGAAGAAAGUGUGGGAUCGAGCUGUUGACUUCCUUGCUGCUAAUGAGUCGAGAGUGCGCACGGAAACACGAAGAAUAGGUGGUGCAGAUUUUCUAGUCUGGCGCUGGAUACAGCCUUCUGCAUCCUGUGAUAAGAUAUUAGUAAUACCUUCCAAAGUAUGGCAAGGUCAAGCAUUUCAUUUAGAUAGAAGAAAUUCACCACCAAAUAGUUUGACACCAUGCUUAAAGAUUCGAAAUAUGUUUGACCCAGUUAUGGAAAUAGGGGAUCAGUGGCAUUUGGCGAUUCAAGAAGCAAUCUUAGAAAAAUGCAGUGAUAAUGAUGGCAUUGUUCACAUUGCUGUAGACAAAAACUCACGAGAGGGUUGUGUGUAUGUUAAAUGUCUGUCUCCGGAAUAUGCUGGAAAGGCUUUCAAGGCAUUGCAUGGCUCUUGGUUUGAUGGGAAAUUGGUUACAGUAAAAUAUUUACGACUAGAUAGAUACCACCAUCGCUUUCCCCAAGCUCUUACUUGCAACACUCCCUUGAAGCCAUCAAAUAAACAUAUGAACUCUAUGUCUCAUCUUCGCCUUCGGACUGGCCUAGCCAAUUCUCAAGGAGGUUCCUGAAAAGACUUUCUUCUCUCCUAGGACUGUUAUUUAAAUAGGAAAGUUCCUGUUUGGCUUCCUGUCUUCCUUUUAAGUGCUUUUUGUAUGUAAUAUUUUUAUUGCGGAAUACAGUUCUGUUUGAAAGUUCCAGAAAUCUUAAGGUUCCAAAGGGAUUUAGCAGUGAGGCAGCAGUGCUGAGUAGGUAGAAUAAGUGUUUCAUUCAAUGUUUGGAGCUCAGUUAAGCCAAUGCAUUUAAAGUUUUGCAUGAGGAACACUGACUUUAUUAAGCAUUUUCAGAUAAUGGUGGUUAUAUUUUUGCACCAAAGUGUUUAGAUAACCACAUAAAAGCAUGGUGAAGAGGCUUCUUGUAUUUCCAUAAUUUUAUGUGAACUAAUGUGAAUUUUUGUAUACAGUCAACUGCCUAGUCUUAGUUCCUUACAGGCUGUGGUAAAACUGUUCAUUUCCCAAUUUAACCUAGGUUUCUAUUGCUUGUAAGAGACUCAUUUGCUACAGCUGGAAUAUGGGAAAAUUUAUUUGGUUUUAAUGGUUACCUAUAUGUGUAAGUGGAUGUAUAUGUACUUAAACUGGCUUUUGUAUAUAUGUAUAAAUGCUUAUGGUAGUGAAAGUCUUGUUUUGUGAGAAUGUCUGCAUAAGCAGUAAAAUAAGCUUUCUAUUUUAUUCAUAAUUUGUGUAUAUACAUAUGUAUGUGUAUAUUUGUGUGUAUAUGUGUAUAUAUACAUAUACAUAUACACACAUGUAUGCAUAUGGCUGUACUGUCAUAGAUGAUCAAACAGCCAAACACCUGGAAGUAUUCGAUACAAGUUUAAAAUACCUUUUAUAGAUUUUAUAUAAAAACGCCUGAGUAUGAUUUUGUGUGGAAGUUCUGACACCAGUUGUAAUGGGUUCAAAUUUAUGUGAGCAAUAAAGAAGCAAUUGGCAGAUACUGAAAAAAAUAUUUUGUGAAAAGCUGUAUUUAUUAUAAAUAGCAGGGCUGUGACAUAGUAUUAUUGAGACUAAGUCCCAAUCUAUAAUUUAAUGAAAUGUCAGUGCCUCUGUUACAUGUCAAGUUUAAAGCAGGGCACAUUGUUGCAGCAACACAUAUUAGACAAAUUACACUUGGAAUUUUGGGUCAUGAAAGUUUGCAAUAUUAGUAAAUGCAUGAAUGACCAUUGGUUUGUGCCUCAGUAUUUAAUUUGUUUCCGUAAAGUUCCUUUAUUACUGUUUAUGAUUUCAGAUUAAAAUAGUUGCUUAACAAGGUUUACUUGUAACCUAAAAUUUGGUAUUUUGAAAAUAACCUGUUGGAUAUAUCAUUAUCAAUCCAAAUGAAUAUGUAAAACAGCUGGAAUUCUACAAUUUUGAUUUUGUUUCAAAUAGUUUCCUUUUUGUUUUCUUGUAUGUGUAUUGGGUUUGCAGCAUGAACUUGCACAGAUAAUGCACGUUUUCUGGUUAAGUAAACAUGAUGCACACUAUUCUGUAACGGAAAACCCUAUUGUGCCUUACCUAUGUGCUUUUGUGGGCACCAUGUUUAUGAAGAAUAAAAAAUGAUUUGUUAUCUGAAGAGAAUAAAUUUUAAAUUCUCAAUCUAUGUCUCAGAUGCUAACGUGUGAAAAUAUAAAUACAUAAUAUAUAAAGUAACCAUUCUUCUGUAUUUUGUGCAUCAUAGUGAUAUAUCUGAGAUUAGUGACCCCAUCUUGUAACCUGUUGCAAGAGUGAAUGUAAAAAAUAGUUGUGGCAUUUUAAAAGGUCACCUUUGGAUGCAGAUGCAUCUUUUUCUUGCUUCUAAAACAUACUUCAUGUAAACAUUGUACAUUUAUUAUUGUAAUAUAUACUAUUAUGCAGCUUAUUUCACCUGAAACUGUUAAGCCAACUCAAAUCUUUCCUACAAAACAGAUGGGAAUGUGUAUAAUAAUUAGAUAUUUGAGAAGUUCUGAAAUUUAAUGUAAUCUGUUACUUGUCCUGUUUAAAAAAGAAGGAAAACAUUCGAAUUAAAAGUUUAUUAGUUUUUUUAAAAAAAUACUUCUUUGCUCUUA